AUGUUCAAAAGGGCGCUCCUGUCGCUGCUCGCCGUGACGGCGUUCGCGACCACUCUCGCCAACGCGAAAUGGGUCACGAAGGCCGAGCUGCACGCAAAGCAAGCAGAACACGCCGCGCGCAUCAAGGCGAACCUCCCCCGCCGCGACGUCAGCGCAAAGACCGGCGUGAAGAACAUCACGUUCUCCAACCCGCGCGCGUCUGAGUUCUACGUCGACGGGACUACUAUACCUGACGUCGACUUCGACGUUGGGCCCAGCUGGUCCGGCCUCCUGCCUAUCAGCAGCGACCCGAACGAGACUCGCAAGCUCUUCUUCUGGUUCUUCCCGCCCGGCCCGCAGGGCAGCCUGGACGACCUCAUCUUCUGGACGAACGGCGGUCCCGGUUGCUCGUCCCUCGAGGGUCUCCUGCAGGAGAACGGGCCGUUCCAAUGGUCACUGGGCCAGGCGAAGCCGACGCAGAACGAGUUCAGCUGGACGAAUCUGUCAAGCAUCUUGUUCGUCGAGCAGCCCGUCGGCACUGGCUUCUCGCUGGGCAAGCCGGAUAUCACUGAUGAGAAUGGCGUCGCGGCAGAGGUCGUCGGCUUCAUGCAGCAGUUCUUGGAGGUGUUCAAGGAGCUGCAAGGGAAGAAGCUGUACGUGACCGGUGAAAGUUACGCAGGGAUGUAUGUGCCAUACAUCACGAACUACAUCUUCGAGCACCCCACCGCGCUCAACCUCACCAUGACUGGGUUCUGGGUGUCCGAUCCCGUUCUUGGCUGGGACGUCGUGCAGACCCAGAUCCCCGCCGUCGACUUCGUCCACAAGUACGAAAGCGUCUUCGCGUUCAACCAGAGCUUCCUGGCACAGCUCGACGCUUCCGCGGCACGCUGCGGAUACACGGGCUACUUCGACAAGCACGUCACCUAUCCGCCCAAGGGCCUGCUCCCUCUUCCUGGUAAGAGCACCGAGGCAGACCGCGGAUGCGACCUUUGGGACGAGAUCUUCGAUGCCGCUGUCACUGUGAACCCUGCGUUCAACAUCUACCGCAUCUUCGACACCUGGCCCAUUCUGUGGGACGUCCUCGGUUUCCCCGGCUCCUUCGAACAGACACAGUCCCCUAUCUACUUCGACCGCGAAGAAGUCAAGCGCGCGAUCCACGCACCGCUGAACGUGUCGUGGGCGGAGUGCUCGGACAUCAACGUGUUCCCGCGCGGGGACCGCUCCGCCCCGCCCGCGUUCACCGUUCUCCCGAGCGUGAUCGAGAAGAGCGAGCGCGCGGUGAUCGUGCACGGGCUCGCGGAUUUCAUCCUCAUUGCUGAGGGGACGCGCAUUGUUAUCCAGAACAUGACUUGGAACGGCCUCCAAGGCUUCCAGACGCCGAUCCAAAACGACAGCCUCAUCGUCGACGGCAUGGGCGCGCUCGGCACUAGCCACAGCGAGCGCGGCCUGACCUACUACGAGGUCGCCCUCAGUGGACACAUGGUUCCGCAAUUCUCCCCGAGGGCCGCGAUCCACAUCAUGGAGUACCUCAUGGGAUUCAGGGACACCCCGUAG